GAUAGCUGCGCAUGCGUAUUGUGCAUUACAAUAAACAUGGCGACGUCCGUGUUUCGAAGACAGGUUCUACUAUGUUGCAGGCAUUCAAGAACAAAUACGAGACAAUUUACAAGACAAGUUUACAUAAAAAAGGCCUUAACGCCCUCGGCAGCUAUUGGGGCAACUAUUACUGGUGUAUUAGCGUGGAAACUAUGGCAUUUUAAACAAGAAACUCCAGAAAUCUUACCAGUAGUGACAGCAAAAUCGGAGGGUGAAGAUGGAAGCAAAGAACCCAGAGUUCCCCACACGUACAGAGAGGUGCGAUUCCGACAGUUCGCCUCCGUCGAGUACAAAGGUGUCACCUACAUGACGCCGCAAGACUUUCUGGAAUCGGUAACAGAGGAAAUGCCAAGACCCAGGAUAGGCCGGUAUAAACAAAAGGACAAGGAGGUGGAAAAACUAUUGAAAAACACGCCAACAAGGGCCAAGGGUACCAACAAACUUUUCAGAAAGCUGCACAACGAAGGCUUGAUCUCCUACACUGAGUAUCUGUUUCUGCUGUGUGUCCUUACAAAGCCCCAGUCAGGUUUCCGAAUCGCAUUCAAUAUGUUUGACACGGAUGGAAACCAGAUAGUCGAUAAAAAAGAGUUCCUGGUGUUGGAAAGCUUCUUCACCCUUCCCCCCGCGGAACGAAAGUUUGUCCCAAGGCCUCAGCAAAAACUGCAGGCAUUACUUGAUCUGGAGAGAGUCUUCAGUAAAGAGCAUACUGAGGUUGGGAACGAGCCGAUUAACCGGGAGAACACCGUCGCUAAAAUGAAAGAGAGUGUUGACCCUGUGCAAGACACCACCCUCCUCAUCCACUUCUUUGGACCCAAGGGCAGACAGGUGCUCAAGUACGAGGACUUCCACAGAUUUAUGGAAAACCUUCAGUCGGAGGUGAUUGAGUUGGAGUUUAUGGAGUUCUCUAAAGGCAUGGCCACCAUCACAGAGGAGGAUUUUGCACACAUACUUCUACGCUACACAAUGUUUGACAAGACGGACGUCCAGGCCUGCAUCACACGUGUUAAGGAACGCAUUCCUGCAGUACAGGGUAUCACAUUCGAGGAGUUUAAACAAUUUUGUCAGUUCCUCAACAGUUUGGAUGACUUCACGAUUGCCAUGAAGAUGUAUACAUUUGCUGAUCAGGCCGUGUCCAAAGAGCAGUUCCAGAGAGCUGUUUAUGUUUGUACUGGGAACACACUCAGUCCACAUCUAGUGAACACAGUGUUCCAGAUUUUCGAUGCAGACGGAGACGGUCACCUCAGCCACAAGGAAUUUAUUUCCAUCAUGAAGGACAGGCUGCAUAGAGGAUCUAGGAAAUGGAAGAAAUAUUACAUGGCGUCUCAUCUGAUGCAUACCCAGGAUAACUGGAGCUCGUUCAAGUCUUGCGUGAAGAAUGAGAUGAAAUCUUACUGAACAACCCAAAUGUGUGAUGUUACCGAAAGUCUUAGUUGGUGUCAUGGCAACCACCAAUGACAUCCUUUGGUUUGUUGUCAAGGCAACCACCAAAGUCAUCCUCUAGUUUGUUGUCAAGGCAACCUCCAAAGUCAUCCUCUGGUUUGUUGUCAUGGCAACCACCAAUGACAUCCUCGGGUUUGUUGUCAUGGCAACCACCAAAGUCAUCCUCUGGUUUGUUGUCACGGCAACCUCCAAUGUCAUCCUCUGGUCAUAGAUGCGCAUCACUCUCACUGAACACUCCAACUUUGUAAUGUAACCACCAGUAGUGAUGUCAUGACAACCACCAACAUAAUCUUCCGGCCACGACAGUAUGAGGACGUGUUGAUGACAUCACCGGCAUUGCCUUAUACAGACACAGAAUCAUUGAUGUUACAGGAAGACAUUUCAUCAUGGCAUAUCAAUCUUACAUCAUUUCAACUAUUCUUUGACCUCCACUGACCUUGUCCUGUGGACAAAACUUUAUCAAAAGGAUCAUAAAACGAAGUCUAUAAAUACAGCUAUUCAAAUGUCUUGAGAAAUAUGCCAAUUGAAAUACAUCAUUAUUGUUUUUGAAAGCCACUUUUUGGAAUCACUAUAGUCUAAUAAACACUAGAUAUCUGUAUAGAUGUAUUAUUUGCUGGGUAGAUAAUUAAGUCACUUUCUGUGUAGAUAAAGUCAAUAACUUGUGUAUAAAAAUCCAUGAAAACUGUUGGAAUAACUAUGGAAUAAAUGCCUUGUGUAUUGGUGUUAAUGUUCUUUUCAGUAACUUUAAGUCCAACAGAAAAUAUGCCAUGUACAUGGAUUUUAUCAAAAACAAUUUCUUAAACCUGAAUAAUCUGAGAGCAGGUUUUCAGAUUUAUAAUUCCAGCCAUGUUUAUUGUUAGAUGUAUUUUGUUUUCAACCUUCCUGAACAUUACAUUUAAAACAUUCAUAUUUAAAAUUGAUCUCAGGAAAGACUUGAGAUCCUUUGACCUUUCCUAACUUUUUUAGAACAAAUUUCAUUGUCAAUAUAUUAUGUUGAAACUUACCAUGUAGAAGGUAGAUAAACUCGUGUAUCAAUUUCCUAUUCUAGAGAAUUAUCAAUAGUUCAAUUCUAAAUUAGCGCUUUUCUAACAAGCAGUCAACCUAUUAUUGUUCCAUAUUAUAUUUUUGUGUGUGCAUAAUUUAUUAAAUUAAUUGAUAUCCCAUAUUUGCCAACUCACUAUUUAGAAGGGAGACUCCCGAUUUUGGACCCUUACAUUUAGUAUUUUCAACCAGUGAGUUUGCUCAACUAUUCCUAUAUUCUAAGAUCUAAUGCUUUCAUCUGGUUUACACACACAUCUUAUUUGUGUUUUAAUUUUGAGCAUGAAGAAUUUCCCCUUUGGAAAUUUCAAAAAGUUGACAAGUAUGAUAUCCUAUUACGAUUUUGUAUCCCAAUUCAAGUAGAGAGCUCACGGGCAUGACUUAGGUAGUAGAGAGCUCACGGGCAUGACUUAGGUAGUAGAAGUUCUGGCACUAUAUCAUAUACUUUCACUCGAUUCACUUACUAUGUAGACUGAAACAAAAUAAUGAAAAAAAUCAAUUCUAUAUAAAUAAAUUAUUCAAUGCUUUCAACAUUGUUAAUUUAUGAAAA